AAUAAAGAAGAAGAAGAAAAAAAAAGGCAGAACACGGAAAUGACGUAAUCGUAGCGCUGAUCACAAUCUUGUCAACAAAACGACAAUGUUGUGCUUUUUGUAGUAUUUUACCUUUAUCACUAGCAGGAGUGCUAGCUUAAGACACGAUGACCUGCACUUGGGAUAAAGUGUUGGGAGAUGCUCGGACAUUGCUGGAGAGGCUAAAGGAGCACGACAUGGCCGCCGAGGGACUUAUCGAGCAGUCGGGGGCCCUCAGUCAGAGGGUGCAGAGCCUGAAGGAGGUGGGAAAUGCUCUCCCAGACCAGCAUGCAGAGGAGUCUUCCGAGCUCCAGGACAUGACGACGUACAAGCCUCACGUUCUUCUCACGCAGGAAAACACUCAAAUAAAGGAACUCCAGCAGGAAAACAAAGAGCUGUGGCUGUCCCUGGAGGAGCACCAGUACACGUUAGAGUUGAUCAUGGGCCGCUACCGGAAACAGAUGCUGCAGCUGAUGAUGGCCAAGAAGGAGCUGGACACCAAACCUGUCCUGUCCCUCCACGAGGACCACGCCAAGGAAGUGCAGAGCCAGAUGGAGCGGAUAUGUGAGAUGGGCCAGGUGAUGCGACGAGCCGUGCAGGUGGAUGAUCAGCGCUUUUGUUCCAAUCGACAGAAGCUCGCCCAACUUGAGAUGGAGAACAGAGAACUGCGAGACCUUCUGGCCAUCAGCCAGGACUCCAUGGAGGCAGCCAGAGAAGGAAGCAGCCAAAACCAAGCUCAGCUCCAGUGCGACCAAUAACAUGGAGGGCACCUCUUGGUACUCUAAAGUCUGAAUGGAUGACACGAAAAGAUGGAUUCACAUCAAUUAUUUUUUAUCCCAUUCUAAAUCCAUUCACAGUUUCAACAAUCGAUAAGAAAAAAAAAAAACAAAUGUUUACAUUUUAUAAAAUAAAAAUCUUUAAAAAAUAUAUUUUUUAGGCCAUCUGCAUGCAACCCACAAUACGUUUUUUUAACCCCUAACCUAUUCUGAAAAUGCUUGUUAGAAUUACCAAAUAACACAUUGCAAGAAUCGUGUUGAAACGAUAAUCAGUUGUCUGAAUCGAAUCGUCACCUCAGGAAUCGGAUUAAUGCACACCCCAAAAGACACAACAUGUUUGCGUUGUCUAGUUUCCUAGUUCUGUACAUCUUCAUCUAGUGCAGGGGUGUCCAAAGUGCGGCCCGCAGCUCGAAUUUUGUUUUCCUGCAACAUUUCAUCAAGAAAAAAAAUAAAGAAGUGCCGUAUUUUCUGGACUAUAGCGCACCGGUAUACAAGCUGCACCCACCAAAUUUGUGAAAAAUAAUUUUCCCCAUACAUUAGCUGCGUUGCAUUAUAAGCCACAGAUAUAUACGUUGUGAAAUGAGUUAAUUUACUCAGAAAUAUUUUAUUUACAUACCUUAAUUGUUUCCAAACAAUGUCUGUAACACGGCAGGGAAACGGCUGAUCAAACAAAACAGAAGUCAUCGUCAUGGACCCUCUAGGUGCACAAGCUAACUCUCCAAUCAACUGAAACAAAAAGAAUGCCAUUGUUAGUUAAUAAUACUAACACAGACACACGUAAAUGUGUUGGCGUAUUAGCUUAUGCUAAUGACGCUUGCUUCAUUAUAUUACAGAGCACAUACAGAUAUGCAUGAAAACACUCCGACAGACAUCACACGUUAAUAAGCAAAAAUUGUUUUAGUUUGUAUUGUAAAACUUAUGAACGUUGCUUGGAGCGAUGAGUGAAGAAUCCAUAUGAGUGAAAACGCUAUGGACGGCUGGAAGACAUAAUGGCGCUUCUACAUCCGGUGGAACGCAACAAAUGGAAGGACACUGCAGCACCUGUAGUGAGCAAACUCAUCCAUUAUUAUUUGCAUUAUGACUGUCAGUGAAGAAAAAUCCAUAAAUUAACUGCAUCGUUUUAUAAGCUGCAGAGUUCAAAGCUUGGGAAAAAAGUAGCGACUUGUAGUACAUUAUUUACAGUGACGAAUGAGAAAACCUGCCAUCUUCGACUUUGCCGUCUAUAACGCAAAUCUAAAAGCCAAGUUGUGUCGUUAAACGCUUACUAAUAGGGGUGUGAAUUUUUUGCCACCUAACGAUUCGAUUUGAUCCGAUUCCUGGGGUGACAAGCAUCGAUUCAACAUGAUUCUCUAUUCAAAUCGAUACUUGCUACAAAUUAUUUGCAAUAAUAUUUCUAAUGAAACAUUUUAAAAACAGGUUGCAGGUUAGAAAAGCUCCUUCUGGUUGCUUUGAGAUGGCCUCAAAAUGCCGUUUUAGAAAUUGUUUCUUAUAAAAAAAAAGUUUUGUUUUUUUAAUCCAUUUUUGAAAAUUAUGAAUUGAUUUACAAUCAGGGUGAAAAUAAAAAUCUGAGAAGAAUUUCAUUUGUUGUGAACCUCUAAUGUAUAAUGUCUAUUUUUAGUAUUUUUAUUUGUCAAAAUAAAAGAAUAUAUGUUGUAAUCUA